CGCUCCGCCAAGCGACCGUCUUCCAUUGCGCACCUUGAAGCAUACCAGUGCCCAUUAUGGCUGAGUCAACUCCUGAGAUGCCCGCCUUCAAGCUCGUGCUUGUCGGCGAUGGAGGAACAGGCAAGACCACUUUCGUCAAGCGUCACUUGACCGGAGAGUUUGAGAAGAAGUACAUCGCGACCCUGGGUGUGGAAGUGCACCCUCUCCAGUUCCACACAAACUUUGGACCCAUCGUCUUCAACGUUUGGGACACUGCAGGUCAGGAGAAGUUUGGCGGUCUGCGUGAUGGCUACUACAUUCAGGGACAAUGCGGCAUUAUCAUGUUCGACGUAACUGGCCGCAUCACCUACAAGAACGUUCCCAACUGGCACAGGGACCUUGAGCGUGUCUGCGAGAACAUUCCCAUUGUCCUCUGUGGCAACAAGGUCGAUGUGAAGGAGCGAAAAGUAAAGACAGGUGCCGUCACUUUCCACAGAAAGAAGAACUUGCAAUACUUUGAGAUCAGUGCCAAGUCGAACUACAACUUCGAGAAGCCCUUCUUGUGGCUCGCCCGCAAGCUCGUGGGCAACCCAGCGCUGGAGUUCGCCGCUGCACCAGCUCUUGCGCCUCCCGAGGUACAGGUCGAUGAAGCGCUCAUGGCUGCUUACAACAAGGAGCUCGAGGUGGCUGCCGCCGCGCCUCUUCCAGAUGAAGACGACGGAGACCUCUGAAUGUGUUCGCCAAGCGCUGCAUCAGACCAUAUUGGCCUCUCCCGUUUCCGUUCGGCUCGUAGAAUCAACAACUUCGUGACCACGCAAGCGAUCGUACUCUGCAAAAGUUCGCCGUCUUGCCCCAUAAAAUGAUACACCAGCCUUAAGACCAGCAUUCAAUGACUUCCUUCCGGGUUUGCAGAAGAGUGGUCCGAAUGUCUGGGGUCAUGUGUACGUCAAACAAGGCUCAGUCCAAGCCAGAUCCAUUCUGUAUCUCCGGAACCGGGCCACCAAGGCGCUUGCACUUGCCCUGUCCGCCUCCUGGACAAGCCUUGCGCCGAUAGGACUGCCCUUGAUGCGUAGUCGCUGUCCCAAUCGACAACGACCCGCGCGCCAGCAAAGCUGAAAGUUAGAUAGGAGAUGUAAGGGUUGAAUGCCGGAUUUCCUCGCUGACGGUUGCAACGCCAAAAUUUUAUCAU